CACUACAAGAGAAUCACUUCUCAAGGUCUAAUCAAUUAGGGAUAACUAGUCGUCUCUCGAACGCUCGAAAUCAUGUCUGCAGCCAACAAGAUUGAAAAGAUCUUUAAUGUCAAUGGCCUCGUGGCAGUCAUCACUGGCGGCGGCUCCGGACUUGGCUUAUACGCAGCCCGAGCUCUAGACGCGAAUGGAGCGAAAGCAGUAUAUAUCAUUGGCCGCCGCGAAGAGACACUGAAGGAAGCAGCAAAGACCGCCGAAAACGGAACUAUCAAGCCUAUCGUCGGCGAUGUCUCAGAUAAACAGUCGUUAAAGAAGAUCGUCCAGCAGAUUCAGCAGGAACAGGGCUACAUUAACAUACUAUUCGCCAAUGCAGGAGUGUCUGGACCUGGUCAUGCUAAGGCCAUUGCAGGCAAGAAGACAGUCAAAGAGUGGGCGGAUGCCCUUUUCGAACCCGAGAUGGCCGACUUCACCCAAGCUGCGCACAUUAACAACACCAGCGUGUUCUAUACAGCCGUGGCCUUCUUGGAACUGCUAGAUGCCGGCAACAAGCAGAGGAAUGUUCCGCAGGACUCCCAAAUCAUUGUCACUUCUUCAGUCGCUGGCUUCAGUCGUUAUCUGGCAAGCAGCUUUUCCUAUUCAACGAGCAAGGCGGCAGUGACUCAUCUAGUGAAGAUGCUGUCGACUGCUUUCUCACAGCAAGGUUUCCACAUUAGGGUCAACAGUAUUCAGCCUGGUCUGUACCCAUCGGAAAUGACUGCUGCCCAUACCGACAGACUCGCUCAACACAACGGCGUUCCCGGACAUGAAGAUGCAUACGCAGGCGCACGAGUUAUGGACCCUAAGAGUUCUCCAGCAGAGCGAACUGGCUCAGAGGAGGAUUUCGCCGGAACCAUAUUGUACAUGUGUAGCAGAGCCGGCGGCUACCUGAAUGGUGAAACGCUUGUGACAGACGGCGGUCGUUUAAGUCAGCUGCCAGGAGUGUAUUAAAGCCAGCUGCCAGGAUGGUAUUGGAGGCACGAGACCUUAGUCAGGCUUGAAUAUGGGGAAUGGACUCAGAACUAAGCUGUCUUUGCAUUGGCAUAAAGUUACUUAGAGAUGGGCGGAGGAACACUGUAUGUUUGCGAGCGUAGAACAGAGCUUGAUUCUUGUACUAUGUCAAUCAUACAUAAUCAGUGAUCAGCUGCAUUCAUAUUCAAACGCGCAGCCAUUUGAAGAAGAGA